AUGGACACCACCACUUCCACCGCCGCCGUCGACCCGCCCGAGUUCAUCCUCGACGUCUUCGCCGACCCCCGCUCCGUGCGCGACAUUGUCCGCGCCAUCCUGCACACCAUCUUCUUCAACCGCUUCUUCCCCUCGGUCCACCCCUCGACGCGCGACGUCCUCGACCUCACCCUGCCCUACGUCGACGACGACGAGCUCGCCACCAUGAUUGAGCAGCGCGCCGCCGCCCUCGAGCGCCAGCUCGAGGCCGAGCGCUCCUCCAACACCUCCUCCCAGACGGCGACGGCCCGGCAGCAGUACAGCGCGGCCGGGGGGGCGGCCACGGCCGUCACGAGCUCCUCGGCCAGCGGCGCGAGGGGGCAAAUCUCCGUGCGCUUCUUUGAGAAGAGACGCCGCAAGGCGUGGCUGUCGCGCGGCGACGAGGAGGUGUGCUGGGAGUGCUGGACGGUCAAGGUGACGGUCGCGGAGCCGAGGACAGAGUCUGAACGCGCCAAAGUCCGCAGAGCCAUGGAGCAGACCCUCCUCACCACCGCCAUGAAAAUCGUCACCUUUGCCAACACCCACAAGGACCACAUCCCGCCCAUCACCACCCAGGGCGGCAACCCGUUUCCCUGCAAGAUAAGCAUCGAGCAAAAGGAGAGCACAGGCUGGGCGGCGCGGAUGCGCAUCUAUUAG